AUGAACAUUAUGCGAAAAUAUGUUCUUUCUGCCAUAGAAAUUGAAGAUGACGAAAUAGAAAUCGAAGAUGAUGACAGUGAAAUUGAUGAUUAUUCAGAAUACGAUAAUUAUAACACCUCAGAUUCUUUUAUUGAUGAUGAAGAAGUUAAAGAAAUAUACACUGAAUAUCAUGAAAAUGAUAAUAUACAGAGCGAUGAAAAUGAAGAGGAUUCAUCAGAUGAAAAUAACACUGAUUUAUCGGAUGAUGAUGAAAGAAAAAGGAAGACAAAAACAAAUUUUUCACAUCAGACUGAUUAUAAUUUUGGAGACAAGGAAAAUAUUAUUUGCAAUCCUCUAUUGUCUUUUUACAUAAAAAUUCCUAAAGAAAACACCAUUGAUAAAUUUUCAAAAAGUAGCCAAAAAAUGUUUAAUGAUUUAAGCAAAAAAUUUAAUUUUAUUAUUGAAACUUUUAAUUCGAGAGAUGAUAUUAAUUUAAAUUAUUUAUAUGAGCUUUUAAAAAUAAUUCAUAAUACUUAUAUUGAUGCUGAAUUCCUAAAACUAAAAAAAAAAUUUAAACUUUACUUUCUUAACAAAGCUUCCACCACUGUCAAAUUAAAGUUUAAUGAAAAAAAUGUUGCAAGUAAAAAAGUUGAAAAGAAAGAUCAAAAAAAAGUCUAUGAACUUAUAUUGAAAGAUCAGCCAAAAACAGUUCAAAUAAUUAUCUCUGCGAUUGAUAUAUCUAAUAGUUAUAUUGAUUAUGUUUUGUCAACAUGGAAAAAUCCAUCUGAUUAUUAUAGCGAAAAAAACGCAAUUCAACGAAUUAGUGAAAAUUCACAAACAGGAGACGAAGAACUGAAGUUUGAAGACAUCAUUGAUAUACUUAACGAUAAUGAUGCCAAUAAUAUAGAUAAAGUUUUAAAAGAAUUUAAAUCACGAGGAAAUGAAAUAAAGUCCAUAUUUAAAUUGGUCAAAGACAUAGCUAAUUUAUUAGCAUUUAAAAUUCUAAAUGAACAAGGCAAUCCUUUAGGUGGCGAUAAAGAAUGGUUAAGUUUGAAUGAGGAUAAUUUCGAAAAAACAUUAAAUGUACUAAAAGAAAACGAAGAGUUGAAAUUGGCAUUAGAAGAAAAAAAUGAAAACUGCAGUCCAAAGAUUAUGAAUGGAUUAGUUGACUAUGCAGUAAAAUUAAACUUGGAUAUUAAAGAUUUAUCUUACCUUCUUAAAGGCACUUCCUUACGUAAUUAUAUUUAUGUGGAAGAAGAUUAUAGCAUGGAGAAUCCAAAAACGACACCCAAAAACUUCACUUUCAUUGACCAGUUUAAACAACUUAGUUUAUAUGAUUUAGAUGAAACGGACGGAUAUAAUUAUAAUGAUAGGUAUGAACCUGUAAAUUAUGUGGACAAUGACAAAGAAAAUAAUGAAUUUAAAUUUAAAGAAAAUGAUAAUAUUGAAGAUAAUAAUAGAUUUGAAUUUGAAGGGAAUAAAAAAAUUGGUAAUAAUACUGGGAAUGUGUAUAUGGAAGAUUCGAAUGAUUUGAAAGACUCUGAAGCUCAUCUUCCUUAUGAAAUUGAUACAGAUUCUAAUAGCAAAAAUAGAAAGCUACGAUUGAGCUUAAAGGAAGAAAUUGAUAAAAUAUCAAUGUCUGUUAAUUCAAUUUCAAAAACAGCAGCAACACAAAUUAGUGCAUUGAAA